AUGAAGUACAUUCAAACUGAUCAAAUCUUAGAAAUCCCAGAAGGUGUCACCGUCCAAAUCAAGGCCAGAGAAAUCAAGGUCACUGGUCCAAGAGGUGUUUUACUCAAGAACUUGAAGCACAUUGAUGUUACUUUUGCUAAGGUUUCUAACAAGGCUAUCAAGAUUACCGUCCACAACGGUGACAGAAAGCACGUUGCCGCUUUAAGAACUGUCAAGUCUUUGAUUUCUAACUUGAUCACCGGUGUUACCAAGGGUUACAAGUACAAGAUGAGAUACGUCUAUGCGCAUUUCCCAAUUAACGUUAACGUUGUCGAAGAAGAAGGUCAACAAUUCGUUGAAAUCAGAAACUUCUUGGGUGAAAAGAGAGUUAGACAAAUCAAGAUCUUCGAAGGUGUUACUGUUGAACAAUCUGCUAACCAAAAGGAUGAAUUAGUCUUAUCUGGUAACUCUUUAGAAGAUGUUUCCCAAAACGCUGCUGAUAUCCAACAAAUCUGUAGAGUCAGAAACAAGGAUAUCAGAAAGUUCUUGGAUGGUAUCUAUGUCUCUGAAAAGGGUGUCAUUGAUGAAGAAGCUUAA